CACGCUCGAUCAAACGGCUCUUACCUUUUCAAUUCAAACUUCAAUCUGAUCAAAACCCAACACCCCUUGUCUGCUUGUCUCUCUCUUCCCCCCCUCUCUCUCUCUGUGUACUCUCUCGCUCUUUGUCUCUGCAAUUCUUGCUAGUAACCUUACUGACUCUCGAAGCCAUGAAUGGUCCAACUGUAGAAUUGCUACUUGGAAACUGCAAUCACACAAUUUCUAAUUGCGAUUCAAAGCCUACUUUAUCCUCUUUCUCAGAUAGAAGCCAAGAGGCUGGUACUAGCCAAGAAGAAAUAGAAGAAGAAACUGCAAAUUCUAUAAGUGAGGAUAGUACAUCGAGCAGAGACCAAGAAACUUCACUUAAGGGGCCCACACUGCCAAUAUUGCAGAAAAUUAUCAAUUUGAGCUAUCAGAUUCAGAAUUUGAAGAAAGAACAUGCAACUCUCUCCCAUCAAGUGAAGACUGUCAAUUCAGAUUCUUUUCCUGGCCCUGAAGUCUUGGGCACACUUCAGCUUCUGAGCAAUGAAUAUGAAAUUUUAAAGAAGAAGUACAUUGAAGAGUCAUCUGAACGCAGAAGACUUUACAAUGAAGUGAUUGAGCUUAAGGGCAAUAUUAGGGUCUUCUGCAGAUGUAGACCACUAAACCAAGUUGAAAUUGCUGGUGGUUCUAAUUGUGUAGUGGAAUUUGAUUCAUCCUUAGAUAACGAGUUGCAUAUAGUUUCCUCUGAUUCUUCAAAAAAACAAUUCAAGUUUGACCAUGUGUUUAGGCCUGAUGAUAACCAAGAGGCUGUUUUUGCACAAACUAAACCCAUAGUAACUUCUGUGCUGGAUGGCUAUAAUGUAUGCAUAUUUGCUUACGGGCAAACUGGAACAGGGAAGACGUUCACAAUGGAUGGGACCCCUGAAAAUAGGGGAGUGAACUAUAGAACUUUAGAGGAAUUGUUUCGUAUUUCCCAAGAGAGAAGUGGAGUCAUGAGAUAUGAGCUAUUUGUUAGCAUGUUGGAGGUUUACAAUGAGAAGAUACGAGACCUUUUAGUGGAAAACUCCAACCAGCCCCCUAAAAAGUUGGAGAUAAAGCAAGCCGCUGAAGGGACACAAGAAGUUCCAGGACUUGUUGAAGCUCGAGUAUAUGGCACGGAGGAAGUAUGGGAGCUACUCAAGUCUGGAAGCCGAGCCAGAUCAGUUGGUUCUACCAUUGCCAAUGAGCUCAGCAGCCGUUCUCACUGUUUGUUGCGCGUAACUGUAAAAGGGGAGAGUUUAGUAGAUGGCCAGAAGACAAGGAGUCAUCUUUGGCUGGUAGAUUUGGCUGGUAGUGAGCGUGUGGGGAAGAUAGAAGUUGAAGGAGAAAGGUUGAAGGAAUCUCAAUAUAUAAAUAAAUCUCUAUCAGCACUUGGUGAUGUUAUCUCUGCCCUUGCAUCAAAAACAGGCCACAUUCCUUAUAGGAACUCAAAGCUCACUCAUAUGCUGCAGAGCUCUCUAGGAGGAGAUUGCAAGACGUUGAUGUUUGUCCAGAUAAGCCCAAGUGCUGCUGACCUUGGGGAGACUCUGUGUUCAUUGAAUUUUGCCAGUCGAGUUCGGGGAAUUGAAAGUGGCCCUGCUCGCAAACAGACAGAUUUCUCUGAGCUUUUCAAGUACAAGCAAAUGGUGGAAAAGCUACAGCAUGAUGAGAAGGAAACGAAGAAGUUGCAGGAGAAUUUGCAGUCCAUGCAGUUGAGGCUUGCUGCAAGGGAGAGCAAGUGUAGAAGCCUUCAAGAAAAGGUCCGAGAACUUGAGAUUCAGUUGGGCGAGGAAAGAAAGACCAGACUAAAGCAGGAAACGAAAGCCUUUGCUGCUGCUUCUUCACAGACUUCAUUGCCCUCUCUAAAACAAGCAGCAGAGAAGACCAAGAUAGAGCGGAAACCACCUUUGUGUCCUUCAAAACUGAGGCUGCCACUGCGAAGAAUCACAAAUUUCAUACCUCCAGCAACUCCUCUCCAUACCAAGAAAAUCAAAACUACUGCUUCCAUGGUCCCAUCUUCAAUGCAGGAUAAAGAAAAUAUUGCAAGAACUACAAUGGCAAGAAGGGAAACAAGAAGCCUUCUGCAACCAAGACGUAUUUCUGUAGCUGUCAGACCGCCAGCUACAACAUCAGCACAGGUUCUUCAGCCUAAAAGACGGGUUUCUAUUGCUACCUUCUAUCCUGAUCUCAACUCAAAUUUGACAACACCUCUCCACACUUCUGCCUCGCGAUUAAGGAACUGUGGUGCUGUGGGCCGACAGACACAGUCAUUCAUGAAGGACCCAAGAAAGGCCAGAUAUUCAAGUUUGUUCUCUCCAUUGCCAGAACUCCAUUCAGCAUCAGAGAGAACACCAACUGCCGUGAGAAUCAAUAGUAAAUUCAUUGGGAGCCCUCCAACUCAGGCAGGUUCUUGGAAGCCAAGCCAUCCAACUGUAGUUGCAUUGCAACGGAAAUCAUUGGUGUGGAGUCCCCUCAAGUUGAGAGAAAUGAAAAAUUACAGGAAGUCACUGUUACCUUCUCGACCCUCAACUGAUAUAUAAUGAACCUUGUUUUUGUAUCUAGCGACUGCACAAAUAUCCUUUUAGAGUUAAAGAUCUAUAUUUUUUAUUAUUUUUAUAAGGUA